AUGUCUGAAGCUGCAAAGAAAGAUUGGAGACAACCUAUUGUUGACUAUUUGUGUUAUGGGAUACUUCCAGAAGAUCCAAGAAGAAGGAAUGAUAUCCGUCGUCGUGUACCUCACUUCAUUUCCUAUAAGGACACACUGUAUAGAAGAUCAUUUAAAGGAGUACUCUUACGGUGUUUGGGAGAUGAAGAACGUAAGUCUUCUAUGUACUAUGCUUCCAUCAAUGGUCUAGCUGAAGCCUUCAAUAAGACUUUGUGCAACUUAUUGAAUAAAGUUGUCACCAAAUCCAAACGAGACUGGCAUGAGCGAAUGGAAGAAGCUUUAUGGGCGUAUAGGAUAACUUACCGUACACUGACACAAGCAACCCCAUGCUCACUUUCUUUUGGAGUUGAAGUAGUCCUGCCACUUGAGCAUCAAAUACCCUUUUUGAGAUUGAAUAUUCAAGAAGGGCUCAUCGAUGAAGAAAAUGUUGAGUUACGUCUUGCGGAGUUAAAAGCUCUUGAUGAGAAGAGACUGGAAGCUAAAAAAAAUCUUGAAUGUUAUCAAGUCCAGCUAUCUCGUUCUUUUAAUAAAAAGGUUCGCUUGAGGUGUUUCCAAGUUGGAGAUCAAGUCCUUACAGUAAGGAGACCCAUUAUAACUUCUCAUAAGUCUAGGGGAAAAUUUACCCCAAAGUGGGAUGGACCAUAUGCCAUACAAGAGGAAUAUUUAAAUGGUGCUUACAAGCUUGUCGAUACACAUGGAGUGAAAAUUGGUCCUAUCAAUGGAAAGUUCUUGAAGAAACUUACACUAAAUAUUUGUGAUGCUAUGGGGAAAACCCAUCUAAAAGAAAGAGAGUUCCUUCAAUGGAAUUUGGAUGCCAAAGUUCUUCAAGCCUAUAACUAG